AUGACGCUAGCAAAGCAUUGGAAAUACGGGAAAGAUGAAGAUUUGACUUUGACUCAUCUCCGCGGUUUGGCAGCUUCAAACCCCACAGUUUCUUUGAUUCCUCUGGAAAAGGUACUUUUCAGCAAAACCUCCGAUACCAAAUCCAAAGUCACAUUGAUCAGCGGUGGUGGCGGUGGCCACGAACCUUUGCAUGCUGGUUACGUUGGAGAUAAUCUUCUUGAUGCUGCUGUCAGUGGCUCUAUAUUUGCAUCUCCUUCUACUAAGCAAAUUAUGGCGGCGGUGAAAACCAAAUCAGACAAGAAAAAGGGUACUUUGAUCAUUGUGAAAAACUAUACGGGAGAUGUUUUGCACUUUGGCUUGGUUGUCGAAAGGGCUAAGAGCGAAGGAUACAAAGUGGAACUCUUAUCAGUCACAGACGAUGUUGCAGUUGGCAGAAAACAGAACGAAAUGGUAGGUAGAAGGGCGUUGGCUGGCACAGCUUUGGUUCACAAGAUCACUGGUGGAUUGGCUGCAACUGGUGCCGAUUUGGAGGAUGUUUUCAAAUUGGGUCAGGCAGUGAAUAGCAACUUGGUGACUCUUGGCGCUUCCUUAGACCGCACUUCUGUCCCAGGAAAGGCACAUGAGGAGAUUGAAUUUACUGGUGAAAAUGAAGCAGAACUUGGAUUAGGAAUCCACAACGAACCUGGUGAAAAGAUGUCUCCCAUACCUAACAUUGAUGAGCUUAUCAAAGAUAUGUUCCACAAGUUGUUGUCCCCAGAAGACAAAGACCGUCAUUACGUCAAUUUUGAUCUUGAGAAGGAUGACUACGUUCUUCUUGUGAACAACAUUGGUGGUACUUCGACAUUGGAAAUGUAUUCGAUCACGGAACAUAUUAUGAAGAAUCUACCAUUGUCCAAGAAGCCAAAACGAGUACUAGUCAGUGACUUCGUUACCUCCUUGAACGCUCCCGGCUUUUCAAUCACCUUGCUUAACUUGUCUAAUAUCGCCAAUGGUGAUGCUGGUGUAUCAUCUGACGAAGUGUUAAAAUAUAUUGAUGCACCCACAAAUGCCCCAGGCUGGAAGCCCAAGACUUUUGACUCCAAAGCUUGGGACGAUUCUACGGAAGAAAUCGACUCUCCAAUGGCCCACACAGACGUCGUGACCAGUGACAUAAAAAUGGACCCCAAACUGUUUGAAUCUGGCUUGAGAAGUGCAUUGAAGCAAUUGAAGGAAACGGAGCCAAAGAUCACUCAUUACGACACGCUAGUGGGUGAUGGUGAUUGUGGUGAAACUCUUGUGGAUGGAGCAAAUGCUAUAUUGAAUGCUUUGGAAAGUGAUGAGAAAUUUAAAUCAAGGUUGUCAGAUCCAGUAGCGACGUUGUCAGUGAUCACCGAGUUAGUUGAAGACAGUAUGGGCGGUACCUCCGGUGGCUUGUACUCAAUUUUCUUGACGGCUUUCGUGAAACACUUGCAAACUAUAAAAGAACUCAAUUCUAAAGCAGUGGGUCAGGCGCUUUAUGAUGCAUUGUACGAUGGCUUAUUCAAGUAUACUAGAGCUCGCACUGGUGGUCGUACUCUCAUUGACACUUUGCAACCAUUUGUCGACUCGUUAAGGGAAGAUGGUGAUGUUAAGAAAGCAGUUGAUAAGGCUAAAGAAGGAUGCGAGUCUACCAAAAAAUUACAGGCCAAAUUUGGAAGAGCUUCGUAUGUCAAUGAAAAAGAGUUCAAAAGUGAAGAGGGUGGAAUUCCUGAUCCGGGUGCAUUAGGACUACUCAGUGUGAUCGAGGGCUUUGUUAGCGGCUAUUGA